GAUUUGAAAUAAGUGAAAAUAAGAUGAAUACCUUUACCCUAUUCCAUACUCAAUAAAAAAAAGGUUAAAAUUAAUCCGUCUACUCCAUUUUAGAAUUACUGCCAUAUCAAUCUCUUUCAACUGUCUUAGUUUGAUUGACACACGACUAUUAAUGGAAGAUGCACUACGUCUUUAACUCACCCAACACAUCUCAUUAAAGUUUCAUACCUUCACAUGUCUCAUUUGGUAAUAAUAUAAAAUAAACCCACUAUUUACUCAUUAAAUAAACAACCCAAUAUAUAGUCGUUAUUCAUUAUGUUCUUAAACUACACCCCCAAUCCCAAUAAAACGUUUCAAUUAUGUCGAAAUAGAGAGUAUACCUCUAUUAUUUUAAGCUUCUGAACAGAGUAAAACAAAGUAAAUGUCAAUAAAAUUGAACAGGAAAAUACAAUAUAAAACAGCAAAGCCUUUUUAUCAAAGAUAAAUCGACCCGAACUCGAACCAGAUGCCCAUAUGGGCCACCCCUGCAAGAGCCGGAGGCUGGUUGGAAAAUGAGACAAUGAAAUACAAAAAAAAAACACACACACAAAAAAAAAAAAGGGGGGACACGUGAGAGGGAAUAAAUAUUACAGCAUAGCCAGAAUGUGAAAACACGAAAAAAAUUCUCAUUUUUAAGGCAUCGCAUGUUUUGCCUGAACUCUCAACUCCUCUUAUUAUUGUCUCAUGUCCUCCCUCUUUCACCCUGUAACUGCACUCUCUAUACUCCUCUGUUUCACUCUCUUUCUCUCUCUUAAUUUUUGACUUUGAUUUUUUCUUCAAUUCUAUCCCCCUUUUAAAAAGCUAGCAAAUUUACUGAAUUUACCCAGAAAAAAACCCAAAUUCUUGAUCACAUUUCUUGUAUCUGUAUUACCCAUUAAUGCUGAAUUGUUUGGGUUUUGAUUAAUUUUUUAAUUCUUGAAAUUCUUAUUGUAAAACCUCUGAAUUUUGGAAUAGAAAAGAAGAGGGGUUUAAUUAUUUGGGUUUACUUUGUUGAGAAAUGCUUGAUUGGCUUUGUUUUGGGUGGAGGAAGAGGAGGAAUUACCAGGAAUUUAAUGGGGAGAAUUUAAAAUCUUUUAAAAACCCUGCUGUCCCUGAUCGUAAUUUGGAAGCCAAUAAACAUGAGCAGAAAGCUGAGGUAGAUUCCAAAGAGCAGUCUCCUGUUACUAAUGAUGUAGGAAAUGGACGAAAUAAAGCUAGAGUGUUCAACUAUCAAGAGCUUGCUACAGCAACAAGAAAUUUUCACCGAGAAACUUUCCUUGGGGAAGGUGGAUUUGGGUCUGUUUACAAGGGAAUACUUGAGAGCAACAGUGAGGUUAUUGCUGUAAAAAAACUCAAUCCAUCUGGUCUUCAAGGUGAAAAGGAGUUCUUAGUGGAGAUUCUCAUGCUUUCUCUUCUGCGCCACCCAAAUCUCGUAAAUAUGAUUGGAUAUUGUGCUGAGGGCAUUCAGCGUCUUCUUGUCCUUGAAUUCAUGCCCAUGGGAUCCCUUGAAGCUCAUCUUCAUGAUCUUCCACCUGACAAGGAGCCACUGGACUGGAAGACAAGAAUGAAAAUUGCAGCUGGUGCAGCUAAAGGAGUGGACUACCUGCAUAAUGAAGCAAAACCAUCUGUUAUUUUCAGAGACUUAAAACCAUCUAACAUUUUGCUGGAUAACGAUUUCAACCCAAAACUCUCUGAUUUUGGGCUUGCAAAAUUUGGUCCAGUUGGAGAUAAUUCUCAUGUCUCCACCCGAGUCAUGGGUACUCAUGGGUAUUGUGCUCCGGAAUAUUUUUUAACUGGUAAAUUAACACCACAGUCGGAUACAUUCAGUUUCGGGGUGGUCUUGUUGGAGCUUAUCAGCGGACGUAAAGCAGUUGAACCAACUCGUCAUGGUGGUAGAACUUCUCUUGUUGAUUGGGCACGUCCCCUGUUGAAAGAUCCCAAAAAAUAUUUGCAGUUAGCAGAUCCCCGGCUGAAAGGGCAAUUCUCUGUGUCUUCGCUGAACAAGGCUGUAGAGGUUGCAGCCAUGUGCCUGAGAGAGAAAGCAACUGCUCGGCCCACCAUGCAUGAUGUUGCCCUUGCCAUGAGCUAUCUGACAACUAGGAAGCAUGUUCGUACUCGCAGUGAAUCUGAAGGAGUUUCUAUAGACAUCGGCCCUACCCCUGGGGAAACAGCUAAAACAUUGAACCCUGAUGUAAAUAGAGAGCAGGCUGUAGCAGAGGCCAAAUUGUGGGGAGAGAAAUGGAGAGAGAAGAGACGACAAAGUACAGGUGGUGGCUCUGAUGGUGUAAGCAGUUGGGUUGCGCAAAUGCACUAGGAAUCGUAGAAGUGGCUCAAGUUUGGAAGACCUGGUUGGAGAUAUUCUUUCUAGAGAUAUAGUUCAUCGUGAACUUGCAAUACAUCGAUAACCAUGGAUAGUUAGAUAGAGUUGCCAUGAGUAUAUUUGCAAGUUGGCAUUGUUUUGAAGGGAAUUAGAAGUGUUAGGAAUAGAAAAUGAUAAACUAGUUUAGCUCAGUUUUUUAUUUUAUUUUAUUUUUUUAUUUUUAUUUAAAAAAAAUACAUUGUAGGAAACUAGGAUUUAGUAUAGAUUAACAAACUCCAUGCCAUUGUCAAGUUUCCAUUGUGGCAUGCAUUUUGUCGUGUGAAGCUAAGCUUUUCAGUGCAAUGCUUAUUGAUGGAUUAUUGUUUACUCAAGCUAUUAUUUGAUUUAUUUCUGUCCUUGUCUGAA